AUGGCAGUGAAGAAGGUCCAUCCAACAGCCAUGCUCCCUUUGAAACGGUUCCUUACGUAUCUCGCCAUUAUCGACAGUCGUCUAGAGAACUUCACUUUUCAUAUUCUUCAUGAAUUCACAUAUCUGCGUGAACUCUGGCUCUACAACAAUUUCUUGACUACUGUCCCGGCCUUCAAAACAAGAAAUCCCCUGUCGAGGCUCCCUUCUGCAACAAUCAAGAGCUUGAAGAAUCUCGAGAAAUUCUAUUCUUCAGAGUGCAAUCUGGGUCCAAUCCUUUCAAUAGGUGUCCUGGAAUUCCGGAGCAAGGCCUUGAAAGUGGUAACACUCUUGGGAAACAAUAUCUCCAAACUGGAUCAAGGAGCCAUCACAGCACAGAUUGCCCUGUGUACUUUAAAGCGUGAGAACAACAAGGGAGUGCGUCCUGAACUGUUCGGGCGCAUGAGCCGAAGUCAGGCUCUGUGCCUCAUGACAAAACUCCACGGCCGACACCAUGGCCGGAAUUAUAUAUGCGGACGGCAGAAAAUGAGUGCGAUCGUCGGUCGGAAAGUCGCACGCGAUCGUGCGGAAAGGCGUUUCUGCGGCUCUCGGUUCUGGUUCGAGACUGUCACGGGGCAUCCGGGAUGGGCAUCUGUUCCGAGCCGUGCUGGACACGGGCUGGAUCGAAUCGAACGCCUCGUGGAGAGAUCGGGUGUGGACAACUCAGCACCAUUCAACAUGGAUCCUUCACUAUCGAGUCUUGUGGCAGUCUUUCUAAAGGAAUUGCUGAAAGAAGCAACGCAAGUUGCAUUCAACAAGAAACCUAUGGAUUUUCCAGCAUCAUUAGAUACAGAUGCGAAAAAUAUUAUGAACUUCAGGGACCAAAAUUCAGGAUAUGGGCGGAGAAUGGAGAAUGGAGCGGCCCCACCCCGUUUUGAAAGCCAGGUGUCUCACAUUAUCUUGCACAAAGACUUCAACGUAUAUAAUAACUACGACUCGGACAUAGCUUUAUUGAAACUCACAAGACCUGCCGUGUUAACGGCUCGAGUUCAGUUGGUAUGUCUCCCAAACCGAUUUGAUUUGUCGGAGGCAAUACUCGACAGUGGAGUGCCAGGAUGGGUGGCCGGUUGGGGUCAUGACGGUUCGGAUGAACUCGCAGCUGUCCUGACGGAGGUUCAACUCCCGGUCAUAUCCAACCGCAAAUGUGUUCGGGACACCCUUCAUUUCACGGGGGACCCCGGCGUCACUCGUACCCUCACCUCAAAUAUGUUUUGCGCUGGUUUUUCUGCGAAUACUUCUCUUGAAGAUUUUCGAACAGUUUGUCCAGGGGACUCGGGAAGUCCCAUGGUCUUUCUCUCCAAUACAUCACGGGACAGCCACUGGACGAUGGAAGGGAUCGUGAGUCACUUUUUCCAGAAAGGUUCUUGUUCCAUGAGACGCCCUGGGCAGUAUGGCAUUUUCACCAAAGUUAAUAGGUUCACCCAGUGGAUCAACAGGAAAAUAUUUAUUGGCUUCUGACAAAUCACAAUUGAUUCAACUAGAUGCAAAAUUUGAUAUC